AUGCUAUUUAUAAAAAAAAAUUUAAAAUUUUUUUGCAUACUCUCAGAGGUAGUUCCUUCAGACGAGGUCUACUCCAUAAAGACUAUUUUUUUUUGGCCUAUUUUUUUUGGCCUAUUUUUUUUUUGGGCCUGUUUUUUUUUUUUGGCCUAUUUUUUUUUGGCCUAUUUUUUUUGGCCUAUUUCAUGACGACUAUUUUUUUUUGGCCUAUUUUUUUUUGGCCUAAUUUUUUUUGGCCUAUUUUUUUUGGCCUAUUUUUUUUUUGCCUAUUAUCCUAUUUUUUUUUGACCUAAUUUUUUUGGCCUAUAUUUUUUUGGUCUAUUUUUUUUUGGCCUAUUUUUUUUUGGCCUAUUUUUUUGACCUAUUUUUUUUUGGCCUAUUUUUUUUUGGCCUAUUUUUUUUUGACCUAUUUUUUUUGACCUAUUUUUUUUGGCCAUUUUUUAG